AUGAUAGGAAUAGUACAAAGUAAUAUUUAAAAAUGCAGCAAAGCUGUUACAACAGCUGCUGCAGCCAAGGCUUUUCUUAAAGUUCCUGCAUUUGGAUAUAAAACUUUAUCAGCUGAAGAUUAUUUAUUUAAUUAAAGAGAUGCUAAUUUUGCAAAUAAAACUCAAUAGGCUCAAUUAAAGCCAUUAGCUGGUUGUAACCAUUCUGAAGGAUCAUCUGAUGAGAUUACUUUGAUUGGUGCACCUCUCGGACAACCUAAGGAAGAUUUUAAAGAUUACGAUGUAUUAUAGCGUUCUCUAACAGUCAAUAAUCCUGAUUUAUUAUUUAUUUAAAUGGAUCCUUCUCCUUUCAUGGCAAGAUAAAGAUUUAUGGCUCAUAAAUGCGCAUUAAAAGGAGUUGAAGAUUAUGAAGUGAAUGCCUUAGAAUAAAUAGAUCCUUUGAAACCACAGUCAUGGGAAGAAUGUGUUGUUAAUUUAACUGUUUUAGAUAUGUUAAAAAGAAAUUAAGUUCACACUGAAUUCCAAUUCAUUGAUACAUACAACGCAUAUUCAUAUCCUAAUAUUUAAGAUAAGGAAAUUACAGAAUCACUUACUUAGCCUUUUAUACAAGCUAUUAACGAACAUGUUGUUUAUAAAAAUUAUUCACCUUACCAUCUCGUUAAUAGAACUUUGUAUACUGGUUUGAUGGGAAAAUAAAAGGUGAUGUUGGGAGAUAUGCCUGAGCCUUUACUUCGUUCUAUAUUAGGAAAUACAGUCGAAAUUCAAGAAAUGAGGGACUUAUUUAAAUUUGUGUUGACUAAAAUGAAGGAUCUUAAGCAACCUAUCAGUAUUCGUGAUGCUUCAAUCAACUUCUUACCACAUAUUUUUAAUUUACCUCGUGAUCUAUAUAUGACAGCUUUGCUGAAGGAUACUUUCUAAGCCGCUCAGUAGGUCACUGCUGUUAUUGGAAUGCAUCAUUUGAAUCCUAUUUAAUAAUACUGGGAAGGUCCUCCAGUAGGUAUCAACUUCACAGAAGCUACUCGUAUUCCUGACAGAAUUAGAGGUGAAACUGAUGAAGUUUUAAUUGAGAAGCAAGCUAUUAUGGACGUUAUGCUCGGUACCAGAGUUUGGGGAGAAAAAUACAUUGCAAAUCCUUUCCCUUACAUAGAAUAAGAUAUUACUAAAAUUAGUGAUUAAGAAUAUUAAGCUAUGAAAAAAUGUUUCUUCCUUUACAUGAAAAAAUACGAAACCUUCAAAAAUAAGCUUGUUAACGAACUUCCUCACUUACAAAAUGUAUCACCUCUCUUAUCAUAGUAAACAGCUAUCAAAGCUCUACAAACUGAAGAAUCUCUGGCAAAGAGACCUCUCCCUUAAUAAUGA